AUGUCCACCACUGCCGAGCGCAAGAUCAUUCUCAUCACCGGAGCCAACAGAGGUGUCGGCCUUGGAGUCGCCAAGGUAUACCUUGAGAAGGGGUGGCGAGUUGUCGCAGCCGUCAGGGACCCGAGCAAGAUGCCCAAGCUCGAGGGCGAGGUCGUCGUAGUCAAGAUCGACUCCGAGUCCACUACCGACCCUUUCGACGCUGUGGAAGAAGUCAAGACCAAGCACAACAUCCACCGCCUCAACACCGUGUUCGCCAACGCCGGUGCAACUCCCACUCCUGCCUUGCUCGUCGACACUACCCCAGACCAACUCGACUUUAUGCUCGCUACCAACGUCCGCGGGCCUCUCAUGCUCUUCAAAGCCGUGCGUCCGCUGUUGACGGAUGACGACAAAUUCGUGGGGGCGGGUUCGGACCUGGGCAUCAUGACCGGCAACUUGUACAAGCCUUAUUUGGGGGUGUAUGGUACUACCAAGGCGGCUAUCACUUACCUCAUGCGAGGGCUUCACCACGAGGAACCAAAGUUAAAGGUCUUCUCCCUCCACCCAGGCUGGCUUGACACUGACUUGGGAAAUGCUGGCGCUGCCAUGUCGGGCCUUGAUGCACCCCCCGAGAAGCUCUCUGUGGCUGCUCCUGCCAUCUAUGAGUUGUUUGAGAACGCCACGAAGGAAGAGACCUCUGGGUACAUGUGGAAGUAG